GGCAAGGUUUUGGGGGAAUUCGUUGGUUCAGGCGCGGCGCGGCAGGUGAGCCAACGGCCGUCCAAACCGAGACUGCAGCUUCUGCGAGCUUUGUCAGCCACACAUCGGGCACACGGCAGCCACCAGCGUGGCCCAGCACUUUCGUACGCUGCUGAAGCGGCGGCGAUCUCAUGCGACGCCACAUUAGCGUCUUGGCCAAUCAUAGCUCUUUGGUGUGCAUCCGACGACGGGAUUCAUGCGCAGAAGUAGACAGACAGAACUUUCUACACCGUCAUAUUCUUUGGCCUUCCCUGUUGGUAAUUUUCUUCCCGCUUCCAAGGGCCCUCGGGAUUUCCGAUUUCAUGGUUUCGUGGUUCACGUCCAUUUCCCCUUCCGUGUCACAAUUUCCAGUAACACUCUUCUUACACGUAAUUAGUCCAGUGCAGAUAGUCCCGAGGCGGGGUAGACUUUGAGAUUAUUUUCCCAGCAACCUUUCUUUUGCGGUAGUUACCGUGUAGUUGCUUACAUAUGUUCUAGGCAACCACGGUACAGUACCGGCAAUAAAGACGCGUGUUCCACCCCGCACUCGGACUAGCCGUUCCAAAGAUUCAAGACACCGUGACAAAGAUACACAUCAGCUUUCUCCCGAACACCUCGUUGUCGCAAGGCUGUUACCCGUCGGCCCUAGGCUAAACCCAUCCGGCGUUUUCAGCUUACACGUUCCAAUCGUCGGCCCGUUUUGCGGUCGUGCGUCCGAAUCAACAAUAUUUUAUCCAGUUCGUAGUAGACAGCUGGCGUGCCAGGCUCGCAAAUGGUAGUUCUCCGGCCGAAGCAGCACUGCAAGCAAGAGCUUCGAGAGCUCGACGAAUUGCCGAUCAGCACGUCGAAGAAGCACCAUCACCACCACCACCACCACCACCAUCAUCACCACGAGCAGCAACAGCAGGCUUACCGGCAGGAUAACACAGAAGAGGCGGCGGACGGUAACGUUAACGGAGACGACGAUCCGCUGCCGGUGGGCGCGAGCGCGGUGGACUGGGCGCUGAACAUGCUCCGCUGGUGCCCCGCCAGCGACCUCGAGCUCCGCUCCUGCGAGUGCCGGCUGUUGUCGUUCGUUAGGACCCCGCAUCGCGUAAUCCAGGUCGACAUCGGCCACCCGCCGGCCGUCCGCAAGAAAACUGCCGUCUGGCCGGCAGACAAACCGCUGGAAGACACCCUGUCCUGGGGCUGGCAGAAGGCGACGGCAAGCAACGGCGGAAGCGACGGAAGCGGAGAAGGCGACGCGGAGAACUGCUUCAUAAACACGCUGGUGGUGGGGACGACGCCAUGCCGCGGCGACGGGCGGGGCGACGAGGAGGAGUUCAACGGGAAGCCGAAUCUGGUGAUGAUCCAUGGAUACGCGUCGGCGCUGGGGUUCUACUUCCGGAACUACGACGCCCUGGCGGAGCACUUCAACGUGUACUCCAUCGACCAGCUCGGGUGGGGAGCGUCCAGCCGACCCACAUUCACGCCUGCUUCUCCCGAAGAGGCGGAGACGUGGUUCGUGGAGGCGCUAGAGGCGUGGCGCAGGGAGAUGGGGCUCAAGCGCUUCGUGCUGCUGGGCCACUCGUUCGGGGGCUACGUGGCGUCCAGAUACGCGCUCAAGUACCCUUCAAGAGUGCGGCAUCUGAUUCUGGUGGGGCCGGCGGGGUUCAGCCACGAGUCGACCAAGAUGCAGAUGUUUCGCAACACGUGGAAGGGGUUCGUGUUCCAGUGCUACUGGGAGACCAACAUCCCCCCCCAGCAGUUCAUUCGGUGGCUGGGCCCGUGGAGCCGAGACAUUGUGAAGACCGCCACAACGCAGCGGUGGUCCAACCUUCCACCGCCGCAAGAGAAUAUGACGCCAGAGCAAGUGGACGCCUUCUGUGACUACAUCUACCAGACGCUGUCAGCGCCCAUGAGCGGCGAGCAGUGCAUGAAGUUUAUCUUCUCCCUCGGGGCCUUCGCCCGCCGUCCGCUCAUAGACAGUGCGGUGCACUGGAAGGCGCCCACCACGUUCAUCUACGGCGAGCAGGACAUCAUGGACCACCGGGCAGGGCUGGGCGCCGCCAAGCAGAUGCCCGUGCCAGCAGAGGUGUUCAAUGUGCGAGACGUUGGCCACAUGCUAUUUCUGGAGAAGCCCACCAUUUUUAGAGAUGCCAUUCUGUAUGCAUGCCGAGACAUUCUCCCUGUGAGCUGCUCUAUUGUGGAUGCGGCAUGGAAGCACGUCGCCCCGCAUCACAUCCCCCUGACCACAUGCCACAAGAUUCACCUGGAUCUGACAUCGACGGUUCUGAUCGCGCCUCAAGGGAACAGUGGUGUGAGAAGAUUAGCUAACGGCUGGGGGAUUGGCUGAGGAGGAGGAAAGAGGAGAUUAGGGAAUAGUGUUGGGAGUUUGGCAUGAGCAGUUUACUAACCUUCCUGUUUUUCUUUCUCCAAGCUAAUCUUUAUCUUUCUGUUGCUUUGUGAAUAUGGGAAGGACGCUGACGUGGGCGAGGGUUUCUGUGUGCUAAUAUCGAAUGCUGUGAAUGGUUCGCCUGGUGCAUGUGUGUGGUGUGAAUUCGCCUGACAUGUCAGAACUAAACCUUUGGCGGGAUGAUUAUCUGGGACUCGCUGCGUCAUUUUCUGGUUCGCGAAAUCCUGGCCACAAAGCUUUCCCCUUUUUUAUUCGGUCCGUUUCGGUACAAGAAACGAGUGUGUUCUGAUUUGACAUCCCAAGGUGCACAAUUCCUUGAAAACUUGGACGCGUAAAUUUGGAGUUUUGA